CAACGAACGAAAUAAUCGCAAGACAUGCGGCACCACCAGGCGCCACUGGGCCGCAGGCGGCCCAAAUGCUUUGGCGUUCGGCUCAGCUUAGUGACGCUGCUGUCUCUGUGUGUGUUGUCUGUGAUUGUGUUCUACGUGUGGUGUUUGUCUCGAAUGGAGUGGAACCGCGACGCGGCUCCAGGCGAGCACCAUGUCCGCUCCGUAUCAGUCGCUGCAGCCACCGCAGCCAAGCAAGCAGACAGCACGUCGCCCCCGAGGCGACCAGCAAAUGUCGACAUGGCGUCUACAUCCAGCCACAUUACAGCCACCAUGGCGCCAAGGUCAACCAUAGACGCUCCGACCAUUCACCAUCACACAGCUAAAACUGCGUCAGCAUUGGACACCAGCACACGGCCUUUGACCACACAGGCGCCAACUACCGCGAAAUCCUCCUCCAUCACAUCCUCCCCAAUGGCAUCGCUGCAGUCAAGUCCCACGACGACCCUCAACCUGUCCUCGGCACAUGCAACUACGUUGUCCGAUUCAGACUUCGUCAUCCUGACGUCCUUUGACGCGACGCAAACGUUCUUGAAGACGCUCGACAGUCCCAUUUUUCUGCUGUUUACAUGCGGAACAUCCCCGGACACGGGCCAAGUGUGGUCGCCGACGUGCGCGGCCGCCAGCGCAGCUGUCGUUGCGGCGUACCAGUCGAUCUCGCCACCGCACCGACUGGCCAUGGUCCAAGUGGGCACGUCCCAAGAAGAUGGCGACAAGUCGCCGUUCCGUACUGACUUUGACAUUUUCCUGCACGACAUUCCAUCCUUGAUGCGGUACGAGCGGAACAACCAGGGGUACGCCAAUACGAGCUUUGUGCUCGAAGGCAAGUCGGUCGGCAAUGCAGCGCUCGUCGAGUUUGCACUGACGGAGGGGCGGUCCACCGGCGUCAGGAAGAAAGCGGUCGACACGAUCCGUGACUACGCCUCGUUUCGUACGAUGGCAAAGCUGUUCGAAGACACAGCCCCGACGUACUUGCUGUUCCUGUCAGGGUCGUGGCCCCACAACAACCGCGUGUGGUGCGCUUCCUGCCGGUACCGAGAAGCUGUCGUCGAGUACGCGUUCCAGAAGUAUGCAGCGCCAAACGCCAAGCUGAUCAAGGUCAUCGUGGCCCAAAUUCCGGCCGAAUGGAACAAACACAACCCGUACAAGAAACUCAACGUGCCGCAUGUGCCGUAUAUGCUCGUGCCUCAUCUGGACGCGUUCGAGAUGCUCUUUUACCAGACGUAUCGCGGCGAAUUGGACGACGUCCAGAUGCUCCAGUCCAUGUUUGAACGGGAUGCCGCAUUCCAACCCGCGGCCAGCGACGUACUCGGCCUGAACUAGAGAUAUCGAUAGAGAUGCUAUCCAUGAAUGCAACGUGACUCACCUUCGCCCA